UUUCCGUUUGUUGUGAAUUAUCUGAUACAUAUAAAAAAUCAUUAAGAUUUAUUUACUUUAUAUAAUAAAACAAAGUUUUAAAAUAAAGAAAUGCUGCAAGAUUAAUAAUUAUAAUAAAGAUUGAGUAAAUUAUAAAAAUAAAAAAAAAAAAAAAAACAGGUGCCUGAGUGAGUGAAGCGCGAGCGCGAGCGCGGAUAAGCAAAAAAAUAAAAAAAGUAAAUAAUAUUGAAAGUGAAGGGAGUGAGUUUGUUGAACAGAAUUGUUCCAAACACAAGGGAGUGUGUUCGUUGAUGGCGCUUCUCAGUAGAGUACACACAGAGAAAUACAGAGGAAUACAGAGGAAUACAGAGGACUGCAGAGGACAGAGAGGCGGCGUGACGUCAUUGUAAUUUCGUUCCUUACCCCGCUCCAAGUUCAUCCGAGUUUGUCUUCCUACCGAUGAGUUGAGUUUUGAAAACAAGGAACUUGAAAGAACUCGCAAGUGCUCGCAAGAGACAAGAGACUUGCAGAGAAUUUAGACUACAGCCACAUACAUUAUCAUUUGUCGCCGCAGUCGUUUUAUAAUUAAAAUAAAUAUAUAUUAAGUUGAGUGUUUUUAUCGAGGAUUGAAAUUACUGAUUACUGAUUACUGAUUACCAGUUAAAAAUAAAUAAUCAGUAUAUAAUAUAGCGUGUCGUUAAUGUAAACGUGAUAUUGAGUUUUAUUAUAUCGGUCUCUCUCCUUAUUUCAGUCGUUUGUUGGCAUUAAAUUAAAUACAAUCAUAUUCUCGUGGUUGUGUAGCUUGUGUGUCUCAGUGUGUCUGUCCCCAUCACCAUCACCAUCACCAUCACUAUUACCAACUAUUACCAUCAACAUCAGCAUCACCCACCGCCGUAAGUUGCCGUAAGUGUGUGAGUUGCUGUAAGUGUCUGUCGGUCGUCUUCAUUGAUGUGUGUUGUCUAUGAUAACUUGUUACAACAACCAGUAUCAGAAAAAUAAAAGUUACUAUUUUUGUUUUAAGUAUCGCCUUUAUCAUUAUUUUGGACACUCGUAUGUUAAUAUAUAAAUAAACAAUAACAACAACAAUGGAUACCCAUCUGCGAGAGCAGGUAAUGAUAAAUCAAUUUGUGCUGGCCGCUGGAUGUGCAAGAGAACAAGCCAAACAAUUGCUCCAAGCUGCUCAUUGGCAAUUCGAAACUGCGCUGAGUAUAUUUUUUCAAGAAGCGGCAAUACCAUCCUGUCCUCAAGGACGUAGUGCGCAUUUAGGUCAGAUAACACCUUGUAAUACCCCAGCGACACCGCCGAAUUUUCCAGACGCAUUGCUCGCCUUUCAAAAAAUGUCUGCAGGUGACAAGACGCCCUCCGGAAUGUCUCCAAAGCAGAAUGGACAGCAGACAACGUCUCCAAUGCCACACCAUGGAAUUCGGUGUAGUGUAUCUGGGACUCAGCAGCAGACGCAAAAUCAGCAGCAAUUUGGAUUUGGCGAGCCACAGAGAUAAAACAGACUAAAUUGUUUUCCGUAAAAACAAACGCUAUUGAUGCGAAUAGCACUUUUUAUUUUUUAAUGAGGCUUAUAUUAUUGUUAAUAAGCCAGACAAGACAAGUCGUAAUAUACCUCCUAUUCCUCCUAUAGGAAAUUUAUCUUGAAUCUUCAAGAUUUAUCAACCAUGUGAGGAAUUUUUUUAUUAUAAUUACUGUUGUUUCCUUUAAUUUAUUUUAUUGGACAAAAAAAAAAAAAAAAAAUUUCAAACUAGUUGAGAUUAUUGUAUUGAGAUAUAAACCAAUAAGUUACAAGAUGAUUAAAUGUAUUUCGGAUACAAUUAUUGAAUUACAUUUGGAAUAUUUCAAGAUAUCAUCAUCAUCAUCAUCAUCAUCAUUAUCAUCUUUUUCUUCAUAAGUUACUGGGAAUGAAUAUUUUUAACAUACUCUCACACACAUACAUAAACAGUAAAAGAUAAAUUAGUAGUUUUUAAGUAGAUAGUAUAAGACUUAUAGCGAUAUCACUAGUAAUAAUUAUUAAGUAAAUUAAUAAUGAAUCGUGAUUAAAAGAAAUAGAUGAGUUGACUUGAUGAUUAGUUUGAGUCGUGAUAACUCGUAUGAUAAUUAUGAAAUGUCAUGUUUGUUUUGAUGUGAUUUAAGAAGCUCCCUGACUUGUAAGGUACAAAAGAAAAAAAAAACGAAAAAAAAAAUCGUUAUUGUUUCAACGUUAUUCACUGAUUUUAUAAUAUUAAAAAUAAUAAUAAUAAUAACUACAAUGACUGUCAUGUAAUACAUAAAUAAUUUACAGGCAGUCGUUACCUUUAUUAUAAAUAUAUAACAAUUAAGCUGAUCGGGAAUGCUUACAACUGGUAUAUCAAUACUACCAUUGUAUGGUAGUUGAAUAUUUUUUACUUUUAUUUUUAUUUUAAUAAUUGUGAGUUGACUGUCGUCUAUUAGUGCUACUCAGACUUUUAAACUAAAUAACGUACUUGCUUAUAAUUAAUUGAUAAUAAAGAUAAUUUGCUUCCACGUACAAUUAGUAACUUUUUUUUUUUUCUUAUUAUUUUAGUCGUAGGAAAAAAGAUGAUGAACUGGACGAUACUUUUUAUAGACUAAUAAUGUAAUUAUAAGUAUGCAAUGUAAUUAUCAUUUUUUAUCAAAGUGUCAUCGAAAAGCGUGAGCUGUUAUUGCACGUAAUAGAGAUUCAAAUAACUGUCUGUUAUAAAUAUUACUGAUUUUUAAAAUUAUCAUUAUUAUUAUUCAAAGGUGAAUUAUUAUCAUAAUAAUAAUAAUAAUACGCCUAUUUGAAUUAUUUUGCUCAGGUAUGCUUGCACGAAAGCUUCAUAGUUCUUUUGUCUCUAAACAAAACUCAACCAUUGUUAAUGAUGAUAAUGAAGCUAUUAUUAUUAUUAUUAUUAUUAUUAUUAUUAUUAUUAUUAUUAUCAUUAUCAUUGAUUGUUAAUCGGUUAUUAUUAUCAUAAAUAUUGAUUAAUAUUUAGGUCCCACUUCGUAAAUUAUUACGACACGUGGUUAAAUAUCUUACCUUCAGUAUCAUUUAAUGUUUUGUUUACUUUAUUUACUAUUAUUUUUAUUAUUAUCAAUUAUAGUUAAACUAUAUUGUUACGAUUGAUUAUUCUGUCAUGUAAAUAAAUUCGUUGUAAAUGACAUUAAAAAAUCUAUACAAAAACAAUACUUAUUAUUCUCAAUUCUCAGAGAACUUGAUAUAUUUUCCGGCUAUCUAUAGAUUUUAAUAUAUGUCGCCAUAAUUACGUUGUUUAUUUUAUGAAUAUUUUAAACAUUACAUAUGUAUAUAAUUAUGGAGA